AUGAAGGCGUGGGGCCAGGAGAAGAAGGCCAAGACUUCCCGGUAUCGCCAGUACCAAAAGGCCUACAUCAGCGACAGCGAUAGUUGCUAUGCUCUUGCAGUGGGCGACGCGUACCAGUCGAGGACGAAGCAUCCCAAUGUGACGGAGCACAAGGACCAGAAGCACAACGACCUCCUCGUGGCCGCCGCUCAGAUGCUGUCGACCUCGUCCGUUCCAACCGCUGUGACCGCCGAGAAGCGAAUCAAGGUGCUUGUCGGAAUGGGCGAUGCCACGAUGGAGACGUACGCAAGCCAGUCGGGUAAAGAGCGUCGUGUUGAAGUCUACCAAACCUUUGUCGAUUACCUCGUGGACGUCGAGGCGCCCUCCCAAAGAUAA